GUAAUCGUGCAAGAUACCUAUAACGCAGGAGGGAAACAUCAAGUAUUUUAAAACUUAAAAUUUCCGAAAUGAAACCGUAUGGAUAAGUAGCAGCUAGAAAUUGAAAGAAUUCUGAGUAUUAUGGCCUUAUACACCAAUUUUAUAGAUUAAGUUUCCAAUUCUUAAAUUGUUCUUCAGUGGUAACUAGGUUAGGUAGUGAGUUGAUGUGAAGAAAUUAUUUAAGUCUUCUAGAUAGCUGAUUUGUCACAGAGGAUUAAGCAGGUCAACUGAAUCGCAUUGCAAAUGUUUGUUUUGGCUUUUUUUCUUCUCUCUCAGCAAUUUUUAAUUUCCUUAAAAUUGUCAGUGACCAAACUAGUUCUGAACAUAGUUGGUUCUAUAUUUCAGUAUUUUAGUCAGGUCUUAUCACGUGUGGAUGUCUUUCAAAUUACUUCUAAAAUAUCUUUAUGAACGUGCCUAUGCAAGUUUGUCAGAUUUGAGAGCGCUUUAGCAUCUUCUCAGAGUGCUUUUGUCUUUCUCCACUUGGUUCUCGCAAGCGUCAUGAGGUUUCUAAGUGGCUUUACCAUAUCUUUUGAUGCCUCCGAAGAAGAAGCGUACUUGCAAUGCCAGGAAGGCAGAACUGGUAUUCCUUGAGGAACCAUGGGAGGGACCCAUCCAUUGCUGUGAAACUCCACAACCUUUGGCUGAGAAUCCAAGACAUGUUCCUACAAAACCUAUAGACCAGAAUACCUCUGCUGCCUGGGUGUGCGCACAAUUUGAAACAACUAAGUCAUUGGUCUUGAAAGCAUUUCAGAAGAAGCAUCGUGGUCCUUGUAAACCGCAGAAGCAGGAUGCCAACCAUGGUUUGCCUUGUGCAAGGGGAGCUUGUCAAAGACCUGUAGCCUGCAAAUUUCCUCCUUUAACUUUUGAGAAUUCAGAAGGAUGUGCAGUCCGCUCCCUGGAUGUGCUGAAUCAUGCAGGGAAGAACGCACAGCACUCUCACAGCUGGUGCAAGAAUGGCACAGCAGCAAAAAACAACGUUCAGGCAGCCAGUUCAGAGAACUGUGAAGAAACACCGUCAAUGCCUGUCCCUCAGCCUGUGGAGCGAGAAGCCUUCAGCCCACCAGAUAUUGGGACUCCGCAGCCUCCUGUAAGGAACAGGAGAUGCAGCAGCACUCGGUCACGAACUGGUAGCCGUGCCUGGCAAACAGAAGGAGAGUUGGCAUCUGGCACUGAACCCUGCGGGAGAGGGGAAGAGGCAGCAGUACUGGUUACAGACACUCCGGAGGAAGAGUAUGGAGUAAGGGUCACCUGGAGACAACGGCCUCACAUCCUGAAGUACCUGCGGGACAGGGGGAAGCUGAGCGCCGCUGACAUACUGGUGAAGAGGGACCCUGAACUCUGCAGGAGAUAGGAACGGUAAUUCUGCUGCGUGCAGAGACGUGCCUGCUCAGAAAACUUUAUUCCCGAGGAUGAGGAGGGAAGCUGACCGCAGCCCCAGCCGCUGCUGUGGCACCGCGGGGGGCGGCGUGAGGAGCCCCGCGGGCCGGCAGCGCGCUCCGCCCUCAGGCGGCCGGCGGCGGC